AUGGGAACGGAUGCUAGAGACUGGUGUCUUAUCGAGAGCGAUCCCGGUGUUUUUACUGAAUUAAUCAAUGGCAUAGGCGUUCAAGGUGUUCAAAAUGAAGAGCUUUAUUCAAUAGACGAUGAGGAACAUCUUGACAAAUUAAAAUGGAAAUGGACUGCUGAAGUUGGACUGGAAAUUAGUCAAUUACAAAAUCUAAUUGAAGAUGAAAAGGAUAAAAUGAAACGUUACAAAAUUGAGGUCAUUACGAAUGCAUGUGCUUCACAGGCAAUUAUUAAUUUACUUCUAAAUAUUGAUUCAAAUGAUGUUAGUUUGGGGAAUACACUGGAAAACUUUAAAAAUUUUACUCAAAAUUUUGACGCUGGAUUACGUGGUCUUACUUUAAGCAACAGUGAAGAAAUCCGAAAAUUGCAUAAUUCGUUCAGUCGGGAACAUUUUAUGGAAAUGGAUUUGCCAAAAAUUAAAAGUGAAGACAAUUUUCAUUUUAUUGCUUAUGUGCCUGUUGAAGAUAAAAUUUAUGAAUUAGAUGGAUUACGCGAUGCUCCUAUCUUUUUGGCGGAUAUUAAUAAAGAGGAGGGCAAUAAUUCAACUGAUUGGAUUGAUAUUGUUCGUCCAUUCAUUAAAAGACGAAUUGAGAAAUAUACUGCUGGUGAGAUUCAUUUUAAUUUAAUGGCGUUGGUCCCAAAUUUGCGUUCCAAAUAUGAACAGCGAAUAGUUGAGCUUAGCACGAUGGAAAUGGAUUCUGCUGAGGUUGGACUUGAAAUUAGUCAAUUACAAAAUUUAAUUGAAGAUGAAAAGGAUAAAAUGAAACGUUACAAAAUUGAGAAUAAUCGACGUCGCCACAAUUAUAUGCCGUUUUUAAUUGAAUUAUUAAAAUGUUUGGCUAAAGAAGGCAAAUUGGUUGAUUCGGUUUGUGAAGCACAAGAGAAAAAGAAAAAAUCUGCAACUUCUCCAACCAAGAAAGUGGUGAAAUAA